CCAAGUGAGGUGGGAAUACGUCAAAUCCACAAUCAAAUACUCACCUUUUUUCCUCAAUCUACCCACCUUCAUCAGUAGAUGUUAACAACUCAAAUAGGCAAAAUAAGGAGUUCAUAUAUCCACCUACACAUACUCUCAUAAAUGUGGGAACAAAUAAAUGAUGCAGAUAAGUAGAUACAAGUCUUUCAAACUAAUCAAUGUACCAACCUCUAUUUAAGAAAUCCAUCAAACCAGCUCGUUGUUAUUUAGUCCAAAUUCCAUUCCUUUUUACACAUACAGAAUGCAUAUUCCUCAGCAAGCUGUGUACCUGUACUACGGCGUUUGGACCAUGGAGCUCGAUGACGUCGUACUAAACACGAUCAACAAACUGAAAGGGAGACCCAGUGGAAGUUCGAUGACUUUCCACAUUGGUUUUUUGAGAAGGCGCAGCACGCAGUGCAAACUAAAACCAACAUUAUGCUGACCGAGGUGGACAUCAAACAACGUCUCGACUUCCUAAAGCAGAGGUACACCACCUUCAAGGCGGUUACGAAGAACAAAGGCGCAUCAUAUGACGUGGAGGCUAAGGUGGUGCGGGCGUCUGAUGUGAUCUGGGAGGAAAUUCUGAAGAAAACUCCAUUUGCGGCAGCUUACUACCACCGAGAUGAUCCCCACUUCCCGCAGUUGGCGUGCUUGUACGGAAUGGACGACGUCAAGGAGGAGAAAGAAGUUGAAAUCAUCGUGCUUUCUGACUGUACCGAGGAGAUCCCUACUGAUGAACCGUCGUGCUACGAGGUUAGUGGCUUCGUAGCUGAGGUGAACUCGCCCAUGAUGUUACCCCCGCAAAUGAUUCGACGUAAACUAUUUGCGGAAGAUGCCGCACCUCAACAUGAUCAGGAGUCAACCAAUGACGUCGGCAUGUAUUUCAUCGACAUUGCCCCAGAUGGGAGGCUGCUAACUCACCUCGAGCGUACCCGGGUAUUGCCGAGGGCAGCUGCAGCGAAGACAGAUGACACUGGACCCUCUGCUCGAUCACCUAAUGCGAGUUCCGUUGCGUCCAACUCGCCUCUCGGAUGGUGGCCUCACAACAUCAGGCGUCCCAACUUCUAACUAUUGCCUACAGUGAUGAAAACUUCUGUAAACUAUGAUAUGCUAGCAUAUAUCUUUUGUGCCAAGGAUUUACAUCUCAUUUUGCCGGACCUACGUUUUGGGAGGUGGACAAAAAUCCAUAGUAGUGUAAUAGGUAGAGCAUCGUGUAUUGGUUUGUUGUACGGAGUCGUUCCUCCACCUUGUUCAUGCUCGGUUUAGGAACUAAAA